CACACGGGAAGUCCCAAAUCUCACACUUUCCUGCUCUCUACAUUUUAGCUGACAAAGGAUCUAAUUGUUAAGGCAGAACCCUGCUGAGAAGCCAAAACACAGGCCCCGGGGAACUUUGCCAUUGCUUUUGCUGUUUUAAUGGAUCCAAGAAAAUCCGCUCUCCUUUCCUAUUUCCCAUAGUGACCUCUACCGAAGCCCUCUCCUAACCCACAGUGACCAAAGGGUGGCUCCUCCCGGGAAACACACUGCCGGCCCUGGGGCCCUGGAGAUUACGUAUGGAAAGUCUUUUGAAAAGAGAAUCGAAACAGAAACCAGUCCAGCUAACCACAACAACUGCCUGGCGGAAAACAGGACUCAGCGAAGGUACAAGUGUCGCCCUGCCAGAGCCAAAGCAACCGGCCUGUCAGUCGGAACCUGCCGCGUCCGCGCCCGGGAUACCGCGCGCGCUGCCCACCUGCCUGCCCACCUGCUCAGGCGUCACCGCGCUGUCCUGCCCCGGCCCAGGGUCCCGCAGGUCACCGUGUCGUUAGGAACAGCGCAGAGGACCCUGCCACCUCAAAGCAGCUGACAGCCUUGCAAACACUCAACUGUGGACCAUCUAGUUGGGAGAAUCCUCUCCCUCUCUGAGAAGGAAAGAUGUCGAAUGGGUUCUCUGCAGACAAGAACUUUCGCUACCUCAUCUCUUGCUUCAGGGUCAGAUUGAAAAGUUACAUCCAGGUAGAGCCCGUCCUGGACUACUUGACCUUUCUGACUAAUGAAGUGAAGGAGCAGAUUCGCAGGACCGUGGCCACUUCUGGUAACAUGCGCGCAGUUGAAUUGCUCCUGAACACCUUGGAGAAGGAAGUCUGGUCCCCUGGCUGGACACGGGAAUUUGUGGUGGCCCUCCAGAGAACCGGCAACACCUUAGCGGCACGUUAUGUGAACCCGGAUCUCACAGACUUGCCCUCCCCAUCUUUUGAGAAGGCUCACGAUGAAUGUCUCCAACUGCUGAACCUCCUUCAGCCCACUCUGGUGGACAAGCUUCUGGUUAAAGAUGUCUUGGAUAAAUGCAUGGAGAAGGAACUGUUGACACUUGAAGACAGAAAUCGGAUUACUGCUGCAGAAAAUAAUGCAAAUGAAUCAGGUGUAAGAGAGUUGCUCAGCAGGAUUGUGCAGAAAGAAAACUGGUUUUCUAUAUUUCUGAACAUUCUUCGAGAAACUGGAAAUGACAGACUUGCCCAGGAGUUAACAGGUGUUGCUCGCUCAGAAAGCAAUGCAGAGGUUGAGAAUUCACCCCACGAAGAUGGUUCUGAAGUAAAUGAGUUGCGUCUUUCAGCCACAGAUCAGCCAAGCCUAGACAAAGAGGGCCAGAACAUGGAGGAUAUUACAUCAGAGUCAUCUUUAGCAGAUUCUUCUAUGGUUUCAGAAAUUGGGAAGUCAUGCCAUGAAGAUGGUUCUGAAGUAAAUGAGUCACUUCUUUCAGCUACAGAUCAGCCAAGCCUAUGGAAAGAAGGCCAGAACAUGGAGAAUAAUACAUCAGAAUCAUCUUUUGCAGAUUCUUCUAUGGUUUCAGAAUCAGACACAAGUUUGGCAGAAGGAAGUGUCAGCUGCUUAGAUGAAAGCCUUGGACAUAACAGCAACAUGGGCAGUGAUUCAGGCACCAUGGGAAGUGAUUCAGAUGAAGAGGAGUUUUCGGAAAGAGCAUCCCCUGAGCCAGAACUGAAGCUCAGGCCUUACCAAAUGGAAGUUGCCCAACCAGCCUUGGAAGGGAAGAAUAUUAUCAUAUGCCUUCCCACAGGAAGUGGGAAAACCAGAGUGGCUGUUUACAUUGCCAGAGAUCACUUGGACAAAAAGAAACAAGCAUCUGAACCUGGAAAAGUUAUAGUUCUUGUCAAUAAGGUAAUUUUAGCUGAACAGCUCUUCCUCAAAGAGUUCAAACCAUUUUUGAAGAAAUGGUAUCAUGUUAUUGGGUUAAGUGGUGAUACCCAACUGAAAAUAUCUUUUCCAGAAGUUGUCAAAUCCUAUGAUGUUAUUAUCAGUACAGCUCAAAUCCUUGAAAACUCCCUCUUAAAUUCAGAAAGUGGAGAAGAUGCUGGUGUCAGUUUGUCAGACUUUUCCCUCAUUAUUAUUGAUGAAUGUCAUCACACCAACAAAGAAGCAGUCUAUAAUAACAUCAUGAGACGUUAUUUGAAACAGAAGUUGAAAAACAAACGUCUGGAAAAAGAAAACAAACCAGUGAUUCCCCUGCCUCAGAUAUUGGGCCUAACAGCUUCACCUGGUGUUGGAGGUGCCACAAAGCAAGCCAAGGCUGAAGAACACAUUUUAAAAAUAUGUGCCAAUCUUGAUGCAUUUACCAUUAAAACUGUUAAAGAAAACCUUGAGCAACUCAAAGACCAAAUAAAGGAGCCAUGCAAGAAGUUUGUAAUUGCAGAUGACACCAGAGAAGAUCCGUUUAAAGAGAAACUUGUAAAAAUAAUGACAAGCAUUCAAAAUCACUGCCAAAUGAGUCCAACAUCAGAUUUUGGAACUCAGCCUUAUGAGCAAUGGGCCAUUCAAAAGGAAAAAAAAGCUGCUAGAGAAGGAAAUCGCAAAGACCGUGUGUGUGCAGAACAUUUGAGGAAAUACAAUGAAGCCCUGCAAAUUAAUGACACCAUUAGGAUGAUCGAUGCGUACAAGCACCUUGAAACAUUCUAUAAUGAUGAGAAAGAGAAGAAGCUUGCAGUCGUGGAACACGACAGUGACACAAGUGUGGAUGACGAUGAUUGUGAUGAUGAUGAAGAUGAGGGUGAUUUAAAAAAACCUUUGAAGUUGAAUGAGACUGAUAAAUUUCUCAUGACUUUAUUUUUUGAAAACAAAAAAAUGUUGAAAAAACUAGCUGAAAACCCAGAACAUGAAAAUGAAAAGCUGACCAAAUUAAGAAACACCAUAUUGGAACAAUAUACCAGGACCGAGGAAUCUGCACGAGGAAUAAUUUUUACAAAAACACGACAGGGCGCAUAUGCCCUUUCCCAGUGGAUUUCUGAAAAUGAAAAAUUUGCUGAAGUAGGAGUGAAAGCCCACCAUCUGAUUGGCGCCGGCCACAGCAGUGAGUUCAAGCCUAUGACACAGAAUGAACAAAAAGAAGUCAUUAGUAAAUUUCGCACUGGAAAAAUAAAUCUGCUUAUCGCUACCACAGUGGCAGAGGAAGGUCUGGAUAUCAAAGAAUGUAACAUCGUUAUCCGUUAUGGCCUUGUCACUAAUGAAAUAGCCAUGGUCCAGGCCCGGGGUAGAGCCAGAGCAGAGGAGAGCACCUACAUUGUGGUUGCCCCCAGCGGUUCAGGAGUUCUUGAACGUGAGAUAGUUAAUGAUUUCCGGGAGAAAAUGAUGUAUAAAGCUAUACACUGUGUUCAAAAUAUGAAACCAGAGGCAUAUGCUCAUAAGAUUUUUGAAUUGCAGUUGCAAAGCAUAAUGGAAAAGAAAAUGAAAACCAAGAGAAAUAUUGCCAAGCAGUGCAAGGACAAUCCAUCAAUAAUAACUUUUCUCUGCAAGAACUGUAAUGUGUUAGCCUGCUCAGGGAAAGAUAUCUAUGUAAUUGAGAAAAUGCAUCAUGUCAAUAUGACAACAGAAUUCAAGAAACUCUAUGUUGUGACAGAAAACAAAACUCUGCAGAAGAAGUUUGCUGACUAUCAAACAAAUAGAGAGAUCAUCUGCAAAUGUGGUCAAGCCUGGGGAACAAUGAUGGUCCAUAGAGGCUUAGAUCUGCCUUGUCUCAAAAUAAGGAAUUUUGUAGUGGGUUUCAAAAACAAUUCAUCAAAGAAACAAUACAAAAAGUGGGUUGAAUUGCCUAUCACAUUUCCUGAUCUUGACUACUCAGAAUAUUGUUUGCCUAGUGAUGAGGAUUAGCGUUUGAUUCUAGAUUCUUUUAAAACAUUAUCAGUUUAACAUUUAAUAUGAUUUUGAUUAAUGUUUUCAUUAUACUAAAGAUCUGAUGUGAGAAUUAAUAAAAUCAUCAUGCUUUCAUCUGCAUUGAGCCCUCCAAACAACACAACAUAUUAUGCUUGCAAUUUUUCAUCUUACUGGUUGACAGGAUAAAGAAAAUCUACCAAUAAUACUCAUUAGGAUAGAGCAUAUAGUACCAUUAGAACAGUACUGCAACAUAAAUGAGAACCCAAUGUGCCAAUGUCAGUUCUAUUACUAAUUUUCAGAAGAAAGUUAGACAAAACAGUUCUGAAUCUUCCUCCCCUAUCACUGGAAUGUUUAUGAUAUACAUAAUUUGCUUUUUAUUUUAUUAGUUUCCUAUUGCUGCAUAAGAAAUCACACAAAUUUAGUGGUUUCAAACAACACCCAUUUACUGCAGUCCCUGUUCUAUUUUGUCAGAAGUCUGGGCAGUGUUCUCUGCCCAGGUUCUCACGAGGCUGAAAUUCAGGUGUCAGCCAGUCUGUGUUCUUAGCUGGAGGCACUGAGGGAAGAAUCCACUUCCAAGCUCAUGUAAAGAGUUGCUAGAAUUUGUUUCUCUGCAGAUGUCUAACUGGGGUUCCUGGGUUAUUUUAUUUUAUUUUUUUAAUUUAUCUUUCUGAAUGUCCACUGGGACUUGCCCUUACCUCCUAGGAACACCCUUAUCUUGUGACCUGCUCAAGGUCCCUUUCCAGCACUGACAUUGACCUUUUCAGAGCAGCAGGAGAAAUUCCUAAGUCUGCCAAGGUGGAGCCUUUGAUGUAACUUAACUAUAACAACAGGAGUAACUAUUCCAUCAUAUCUUUAGGUCCUGAUCAUACUCAGAUGAUUGUUCAGGGGAUCACACCUGUGGGUAGGAAUAUGGGGACCCUAAUUAGAAUUCUUCCCCCCUCACACCCUGUCCAGUCUCUGCCGUUAAUGGCAUACAUGUCUGUGGAAAAGCACUUUGACAAUCAUAAAGCACCACAGAGGAAUCAGUGUUAUCAAUAGCUUGCAUCUUGUUGUUUAAGGUUUACUUCUUCAGCCUUCUCCUCCUCCAUGAACAUAACACUGUGCAGGAAAACUUCCUAAUAACAGGGUGAUGGAAAAAUUCAGACUGGUUAUUCAUGCCCAGGAGAUAACCUGUGUCCAUGGAGAGAGAAGCUCACCUUCCUGUCCAGAGUUCACCUAAGAUUUAGCAGGAAGCAAAUGCUAGGAACUACUUAAGAGUAAAGAGAAAAUGGCUUCCUCUGAUCCUCCCUAACUCCUGGCAGAAGAGUAAAAUCAUGCCAAGUGGUGAUACCUUUAAUGUUUCUGAAUAAAGAAAGCACUAUCAUAUGAAGAUGAAUGCUGGGCCCGUGGUGGUCUGUACCACAGGACAUUCUCACAUUAGAAAAGCAGCCUCUCUUGUCAUGAAGGAUUGAAAUAGAAACCAAAGCUGAACAUUUGAACUGACUGUUACCCAGUCUCAUAGAUGGCUUGCUCCAUGGAAACAGUUAUCUCAGGGACCAAGAUGCAGCACAGCACUGGGGAGAAUGAAAAUUCUUCUGCAGCUUUGGUAGAUAGGUUGAAUUCAAUUUUAUAGAAGACUUGAAUCUUUUCUUGAUAAGACCUCAGCAAAGAUGAAUAAUAUUAAUUAAUCUGAGCUCUGGGAGUGCAAGAGGACAAAAAUUGUGGUUUUCUUAAAAUACUUUUUAAAACUCUAACAGACUCCAUUUAAAGUAUUGCUGUCUUCUAGGAUGUUUUGGAAACUAUGCAAGAAACCAAAUGCAUAAAAAAGCUAAAUGUACUGCUGUAACAUAUGUAGACUGUUUUUGAAACAUCAACAAAUAUCAGGUUUUUCCAUCUAUGUUUUCUAUUAACUUUUUUUCAAUAAAAAGUGUUAUUUCUACUUUAAGAGUUUAAAAUACAUGUUUCAAAUAGUAUAAAACAAUAUAUGAAGGUACCUAAAAACUUGAACAAAGAUGCAUAUGUCAUUUAUAAAUGACUGUAAUUGUGGCAUUUUGAUUGAUUGUUACUGAACAGUUCAAUGAUCACACUAUUAUUUUAGUGUCAAUUACAGAAUAUUCUGAUGACAAGAAGACAUCAGUAUGGAAGUCAGAAGUUUUAAUUCCCAUUUGAUUGAGUGACUUUGAAUAACCUUGUCACACAGAGCCUGUCCUGGAAAACAAAGGGUUAGAUUUAACAAUAUUCAAAGUAACUUAAAACUAAAUUGUUAUCAUAGUACAUGCUUCUUGCUGGCUGGUUGCUUAUGUUUAAAGAUCUUUUCCAAUAACUUGUGGUAAUAUCAGCUAUGGGCUGAAUAGCUGUUGAGUACACUACACAGUUGAAUGUAGCUCAUGUCUGUUAAAGGGUUUUCUAGGGAUCCCACAGAAUGGGUACACUGGCUGGAGUCAUAUGUCUCAAAGCAGGUUCAAAGGAUUCAAAAGUGUUAGAAAAUUUUAAAACAAACAUUUCCAAAUCAGUAGAACUUCAGGAGACAAUGUGGGUAAGAAAUGUAAGGCAUAAACCCCAAACAGUCUGAGAUCUUUUCAGAACAAAUGAAAUAAAAUAUAGUAACUUGGAGUGUGUACAAAUAUCCUGAAUACAAGAUAUCGAGACAACACGGACAUGAAUAAGAAAUAGUUUCCCAAAGGAUGAUUAGUACAUGUCACAAGUCAUUGUUGAAAUGUACAGAGCUAUUAAAGAGGCAAAUAUUUUAUACUCUGUAAUUUAAUAGUCCCUACAGCAGUAUAGUGCCAUGCCUUGGAGAAAGAAGUUUAAGAAUUCAAUCCAGUUAAAUAUGAAAACAGAAGAAUUUGGAGUUUCUUUCUGUUAUUGUUGCUUUUAAGAUACAAGAGACCAGAACAGCCUUAGCUGAUAUUGGAGAAGAGCAAUAGAAAGUUAGAAAAUAUUAUCAUUCUCCACCCUUGAAGUAAUUGCUCAUUGGCUGUUAUUGAUAUUUUCUGCCAAAUGCUCUUGCUACAAUCUUUUCUGGUCACUGUGAUCUUUGCUCAAAUAGGCACAUGGUUAAAAGUCAUUCUUUGCCACCUCUUCAGAAGAUAUCCUGUAUGAUCUUCAAAAACAAAACCCAGAUGUCACUUCCCAGAAUCAAUCAGAUUUCACAAUUUUAGAAAUGAAGUACGUGGAAGCAAAGGAUCAUUUGCUCAUCCUGAGCAGAAUAAAAUACUUGCAUCCAAAAUCUGGUAAACAAUUGCAUGAGUCAUAGUAAUGAAGAAAAAUGAUGAUUCUAUUUCCUUCUAAGAGUUAUGAUGUUAUUUUAAAACAACUAUAAACUUCUGCUUUUU